AUGCAUAUCUCAAAUAAAUAAACAUAAGAUUUGUCAAUUUAUCAUGGAUGCGAAGUUCUAAAACCUGAAACCCCUUAGAAAUUUGACCAUAGAUAAAGUACUGUCCCUGAUAAUCCCUGCUAUAACUUUCGAUUUAGAAUUUUCAUUUUUUUCAGUUAUAUUGUGAUAACUCAAAUUGGUGAAAUAUUGGGGACACCAUAGGAUGACAUAAAAGGCAUUUUUGACUUAGGUCAUAACUAAACAGAUAUAAUCAAUUAAUUAUAUCAUUCUCAUACAUGGUACUUAUUCAUUUUAAAUUGUAAUUAGGUUUGCUUCUCUAAUGCAAGUGAUUUCUGGCCUAAUAUUAGACUUUGCAUUUUUCUAUGUUAGUCUCUAUUGGGUGUUUUAUGUUAGAAAUUUUAGGCUUUUUGCUGCUUUAAUCAUAUUCUAUGGAAUCAGGGCUAUUCAUUUGAAUAUUUUUAAACUUCAAUUUGCUCAUAAUUACUAUUGGUAGGAUCCAGGAGUACCAACCUUUGUUGUAAAAUAUGGGAAGUAUUCAGAUUUCUUUUAUUCUGUAAGAAUUUAUUCAUAAUAAUAGGGUCAUGUUGGAUUUCUGGUUAUUUGUGCAUUAGAAAUGAGAAAAUUGGGAAAGAAAUGGAUAGCCUUAUUUUUUUUUAUUUCAUCAUUCUUUUAAGCUUUUAUUGUUAUUUCUUUUAGAAUUCAUUAUACAAUUGAUGUAAAUUUUAUAAAUAUUAUUAUAGGUACCUGCAGGAUAUAUAUAUGCACAUUACUUUUACAAUUUAGUAUGUUAUUGGGAACCCAAAAUUGAUCAUACACUGUAUUGGAUUUCUACAAAAUGCUCAAGUCAUAAAGUUUCACAAUCUGUAACUCAAAUAACAAAAAUACCUGAUUUAGAUACAGAGAAGUAAUGA